AUGUCAAACAAAAGGAUCGAGCAGUGGGAGGUCGAGCGGUACUGGGAGAUCUUCUCGUCGCUCUCCAAUGGCCAGCCGCAUCUGAACAACUCGCAGGCCGCCUCCGUGCUGAGGAACAGUCGGCUUCGCGAUGACCAGCUGGAGAAGGUGUGGGAUCUGGCAGAUUUGGACGGAGAUGGCGAGCUGGAUUUUGAAGAGUUCUGUGUCGCCAUGAGACUGAUCUUCGAUCUGGUCAAUGGGGAAUAUCAAGAAGUGCCACAUACACUGCCAGACUGGCUUGUUCCGGAAUCGAAAGCACACCUUGCCCAGGCCAACCGCGUAUUGUCCGGAGGUCAGGAGCAGUUCGAGCGGAUAGAAGAUGAGGACGAAACCGCCGGACUGAAAGAUGGCUUCGAUUGGUAUAUGAGUCCGCCAGAUAAGGCGAAAUAUGAAGAGAUCUAUUCUGCCAACAAGAACCACCGUGGAGAGAUAACCUUCGAGUCCCUACAGCCCCUCUACGAUUCCCUCGAUGUUCCAGACACCGAUGUCCGUUCAGCAUGGAACCUUGUCAACCCCUCUGCUCUACCUUCUAUCAACAAGGACGCCACACUUGCGUUUCUGCAUAUUCUCAACAACAGACAUGAGGGCUACCGCAUCCCGCGCACCAUCCCCGCAUCUCUCCGCUCGUCAUUCGAGUCCAACAAGAUCGACUAUCAGCUCGACAACAUUCGCCCAGCGCAGAGAUGGGGCACAGAUGGCGAUGUUGAAACGAGUACUGGACGCAAAACCAAGUUCGGCGAUACAUAUCUUAGCCGGCUAGGUGUCGGCGGCAGAACAACCUACCAGCCUAAGGGAACAGAUUUUAGUGACACCAUCCAGGACGAGGAAUGGGAGAAGGUCCGUCUGCGACGAGAGCUGGCAGAGUUGGAAUCCAAGCUCGAGGCAGCCAAUAAAGCAGCCGAUGAGAGACGAGACCGCAGCCGCCCCAGAAACGACGGCAGGCCCAACUGGGUACUGAUCAAGAAAGAGGCGCUGCAGCUUCUGGAAUAUAAAGAGCGUCAACUCCGGGAACUGAGGGAAGGCGGUAGUUCUCUCAAAGAAGGACAGGAUCUCGAACGGCUCCGGGAGGAUGUCAAGACCGUCGGUGAACAGGUCGACGGACUCAAAGCUCACCUUGCCCGGCGCAACGAUGUUCUGGCAGAUCUCCGAAGACAGAUCGAGGAGGAGAAAGUCAACCGAUAG